AAAGAACCGCGGAGGCAACGGCACCAGUGCUUCAAUUAACACACCUGCGAGAUCGACCUUGAACCUGGAAACCACCUGAGCACCGGUACCUGACUCACAACAGAGAAUGCCACACCUCCCGAGACCACGUUAGCAGAUGCCGCAGUUAGUGUAGAAUCGCACGAUUUAUUGGCCCAGAACUGAACAUGAAUUUAAGUCUGUUCUUGAUAUUUGCAACAUGCAUUUUUACCCAAUUUCAAGUCGUUUUAUGCGAUCAAGAGAUGUGGUCAAAAGACAUGACAAAUGAAAUCGAGAUCGGGCCUGCAGAUUCAGGGUAUAAGGAAGUGCACCUUAGAUGCAUAGAGCAGAAACGUAUAUUCCAGGUGAACAUAGAGCUGGACGAGGACUUCUCCGGCGUGAUAUACACGCGGGGCAGCUACGCAAGCAAGGACAAGGACUGCUUCUUGCAUGCCAAGGCGGGCCGCAAGUUCCGCAUGAAAAUCCCGUUCGACAAGUGCGGUACCAAACGCGAGGGCGACAUCUUCAAGACGGUGCUCAUCGUGCAGUACGACGAGUUCCUCAUCAUGCCCGGCGACGCCGCGUUUGAGCUCGAGUGCAACGUGGGACCCAUUGUGGCGGAGGUCACCGUCGACUCCGCCAUCAGCACGCAGCCACAAGUCAGGAAGCCGAUUUCUAAAAUCAGCCUUGCGGACGCCGAUCCAUCAGGGAAGCCGCUUCCCAGGCAUCGCCAAUCCGUCGUGACCGGAGAAGAAGGGGAGGUGUCCUUCACCCCAGACGACGUGCGGCCGAGAAAGAAAAAGAAGGGUGGCAAAGAGCAUAACACGAAAACCGUGAAAAUUGAGUUGUGAGCGGAAUUGUAUGAAUUUAGGCAUUGCGGACCAAAGCCCAAACCAAGAGUGCCGUGAUUUGCGUUGUGCGAACGUUUUUUUCUAGGCAUUGCGCCGUCAACGAGUGACAGAUAUUUUUCACAGCUCUGCGUGGAAUAUAAAUUUAAUUAAACGUGGUGUCGGGGGCGGCAGGGCAAAAGUGGGUUGUCAGCGAAAUCAGAGGCCUUUGCAAGUGUGUUUCUCUUCAUUACGGUCGCAGUCAUUUGGGCUGACAUCAGCGCGGCAGUGAAUGUCAGAGUAUAUUUUUGCUGUCGUUCCGCAACGAAAUUAGUGCUUUUUGUCACGCUUUUCCACACAAAGUGUGUUCGUGUUUUACAAUUUUCGAGCGGUUCUGAUUAAUAUGUGCUUGUGGCGAAAGGCAGUAAUAAAUGGUAUUUUUAAUGAGACGUUUCUCAUAAUCAAUUGGUAACAUUUUGCCAGUGAAUAUAAUUAGGAUAUUAUUAAAGGAAAGCUAUUAUAUAGCUCAUAUUAUCUUCCAGGUGAUGUAAAUAUCGACCAAAUUCAUUAAAGUUGUAUUUUUCCUCUGUUUUUUUAUUUAGGGAAAAAUAAUUGGCUAUAUUUAUUCUGGUGGAAAGAAAUAUUUUUGUAUUUUACUUUCUCGUUCUCUUAUAAUGAUGUACUUUAAUCGAUAAAUGACUGACUUUAGUACACUAUUCUUUAUGCUACAACUAUCUGUGGAGCUCAAUAAAUUCAGAAAUUAAAUAACUGUU